AUGUUCGUCGUCGCCUUUGCUACAGGCACGGACAUCUUCAUGUACGGUCUCAUCGUACCAGUCACACCAACCGCAUUAAAAGAGAGAGUGGGAAUCCCAGAGGACAAUAUCCAGAGCUGGACAUCAAUUCUUCUCGCCCUGUACUCAGCAGCGUUACUGGCAUUUGCGCCUGUUGUCGGGUACAUCGCUGAUCGAGCCGAGUCCCGUCGGUGGCCAUUGCUAGUUGGUCUCGUUGCGCUGGCCGCUGCAACAGCACUACUAUGCGUCGGCACUCAUAUCGCGCUGUGGAUUGUCGGUCGCUUGUUUCAAGGUGCCGCCGCUGCGGUGGUAUGGACGGCCGGAUUGGCACUGAUGGUAGACACUGUCGGGAAAGACGACCUCGGCCAAGCUAUCGGCUAUGUCUCCAUGGCUAUCAGUGUUGGAACGCUAGCUGGACCUCUUCUUGGUGGAGUUGUCUACGAGGAUGGUGGGUAUUAUGCUGUUUUCGGCCUUGCCUUCGCUUUCAUCGGCCUUGAUAUCAUCUUGCGAUUGCUGUUGAUCGAGAGGAGACAUGCUGUUAAAUGGCUUGCGCCGGAGAUGACACCGCUGUCUGUGGAUGGACAGCAAUCCACGGAAAAGAAGUCGGGUGAAAUCUCUGGACCUCCCGGCUUACCGGCCAAUGGCUCUGAGCCCGUUGAAUCCCAGACGCCUUCGCCCCCCCUCGCGCAAUGCGCUCGAGCGUGUCACCAUUUUAUUGAGCUCCCCUCGACUCGUCGUUGUCCUUCCACUCUUCACCCAGUGACAGGGUUCAUUAUUGACAAAUACCCCAAGUCAUGUCGUUACCUCGCCGCAGGGGCAUUCCUCGCUUCCGUUCCUGUGAUGGUGCUUCUGCGCUUUGUCGCGGAUAAAUCGAUGCAGCACAAGAUUCUCCUAUGUGCCCUCCUGGCUUGUGUUGGGCUGUGCUUUGCGGUGGCUAUGCCGCCUCUCAUUACGGAGGUCUUCUUUGCUGUGAAGGAGAAGGAAGAUAAAACUCCUGAUAUCUUUGGUCGCGGUGGGGCUAUGGCUCUAGCUUUUGGGCUGUCGAACAUGGGCUUUGCGGCUGGCAGUCUGAUCGGGCCAUUCUUUGCGGGCUUUAUUCGUCAGGAGGCUGGCUGGGGGGCAAUGGGAUGGGCGUUAGGGUUGAUAGCUGGCGUAUCAUCUAUUCCAAUCCUAUUGUUCGUGGGUGGCUGGAUCUUGAAUAAACCAGUCGACUCAGUAAAUGAGGCCCAAUUGAUGGAGAGCGCCCCUGUUCAAUGA